UUUUCACUCUAACCUUUGAGUCUGGGUAAACAACAGGGUUGUUCCCUCAGCAGCCGGCUGUCAUUCAUUCAGUUUUGUCACCACGGGCUCUGGAGCAUGCAGAAGAUAAGCCAUGUUCAGCUGCUGACACAGAGAUAUUUGACUUUCCGAUAGAUAGAGAGCAGCUUGUUAGGCAGAUAUCUGAGCCUGGUAGUGACUGACAACAGAAUUGGAAUGUUCUUGAACAUGGCCUCUCCCCGGAGAUCAUUCAGCAUCCCAAUUAACAUCAACCUGCAGGGUGCUCGCAGGCGGCAAACACGAGAGCUCCUCGACAAGGUGACGCCCCAAGAAAAAGACGGGAGCGCAGUUGCGGAAGGCCACGGGGAGCAGCGAGUUCAGAGCCAGAAGCCGGUGGCGAGCAUCGGGGAAGAGCGAGCCAUCUUGUUGGGCUUCAGCACGAUGGCCUUUGCACUCAUGUUCUUUGUGGUUGGAAUCACAAUGUUCAAACCGCAUGUUAACAGUAAGUGGGAGGAGGAGGGCAUUUGUGUGCUGCUGCACACUGAAAUCUUGGCCGAGUGGGUAGACUGCAGAGGUGUGAGGAGCAUGACAUCCCUGGCGGUCACCGUUAACCUCACGGGCCCCAAUCAAAAAGCCUUUCUGCACUAUGAUGAAGAGUCAGUGCUGCUUACGCCCAAGUGUUUUUACAUCCCCAAAUGUAAAAUGGAUCAAACAGAACUUGAAGGUGAAGCCCUGAAGGUGAAAACCCAAUUGGACUCUCAGCUGGGAAGUGCCUCCUCGUGCCUCACAGACCUCGCCAGGCACCCCGGGGAUGUCAUCUUGAGCAGAAAGUACACUCUGACGAGGACCCUGUAUGCUCUGCUGUGGCCUAGCCUGAUGCUGGCCGGCGGAGUCCUGCUAGUGGGCCUGGUGAAAAUGACGCAGUGUCUUGCUCGUCUGUCGGGGGAGAUAGGCAGCGUGACGGCGAUGACUUCCAGAUACAGUCAGGGCAAAUUCUACAAACUCAUCCAGAGGUCGGCUGUUUCCUCGCCUAUCUGACUGCGAUGUUGACGUAAAAAAAAAAUAAGCAACAUGCCCAAAGUUGGCAUCCCGUGACCUGCAGUUUAAUGAUAUCCAAGCAGUGGUGUAGAACUGUAGUCUCCUACUGAGAUGCAUUUAGGUUCACUGCAUGGCAGUGUUGGGAAGUAAAAAAGUAGUACAAAUAAUUUAAUGUUAACCACACCCCCUCCCCCCCCACACACACCUAUAUACACCUGAGCACCUUCAUUCGCAUCAGUGGUUAUUUGGCAAAAUUGCAAGUUACUUAGUUACAACUAGUAAGCCCAUUUCUACCACAGCACCACGCAGUUAGCUAGCUUUCCUGGAUGCCACAAUUCACAGAACAGCCUGUUAGCUCACGAGCUAGCUGGUGGCUUGUGCCUCUCGUCGCGGCGCGAACAGCCUGGCAACGACUCGGCCACCAGAGGCUUUCAGCAGUAUUUUCCACUGAAUUAUUUUUCUUCUCAGAACGAGCGCUAUGGAAGUUAAUAAAAGAGGGAAAAGUAAUAAAACAAUGUAUAUAAUUGACAGUAAAAAUUCAUUCUUUUGUACUUACGUACAUUUGAGAGUCUGUGCUUUUUUUUAGUUUGAGUUGAAUUUGUACUUCUACUUUAGUACUGGGUGUGACAACCUAUGCCCCAUCAGCUAUAUGGUCAAAAUAUUAGGAACAUCUUGUCUCACAACUCUCAACAAGCAGCAGUGUGGCAGUUAUUAAAAACUUUUUGGAGAAAAGAUUAAAAAAAUAAAAAAAAGCUCCAAGUUGUUAUUUUGCCACUGCCAGUUUAGGCUUACUGUUAAGCUAAACAUAAAGCAAAGUGGAUUGUGCUAAAUGGAAAAAAAAGAAAGAAAAAACUGCCAAACACCAUAGAUGGGCUAAUAGUAUCAAUGUGGUGGUGUCAUGCUUUAAGCAACGGAUAGACACACAACUCUAAAUUGCCCGUAGGUGUGAAUGUGAGUGCGAAUGGUUGUUUGUUUGUAUGUGCCCUGCGAUUGGCUGGCAACCUGUACAGGGUGUACCCCGCCUCCUGCCCGAUGAUAGCUGGGAUAGGCUCCAGCACGCCCGCGACCCUAGUGAGGAGAAGCGGUUCAGAAAAUGGAUGGAUGGAUAGUUGAACACAAACGUUGCAGCAUCACAUAUCAAUACUUACAGGUAUAUAUUCUUCAUCCUCUGCAGAAAGCAAUAAAUACUACUGCAGGUUACUGUCACUUACAGUCGAUGUGAAACUUCAUUUGUCUGCGUGACAUUGUACUGACCCCUGGUGGCCAAGCAACACACUAGAAGGAGCUUCAAUUAAUUUAUCAUAAUGCACUAACUUUCAUUCUUUACAUUUAUGUUAUGACUAUGUUUUUAUAAAGUACAUUAGAGUGCUAAUAAUGGCAUUCAUUCAUUUCAAUUGGGGCACAUGAUUUGAGUGUUUUGGUUGGUCACGGAACAAAUUAAACUCAUAUCUCAAAGUACCACUGAAUUGAGUUUUCAUACAGCAUAAGCUCAGCCCUUAAGAAUAGAAUAAAGAAUCUCCCUCAAUAAUGAUUUAUUGCUGGAAAUGUUUUAUUUCAUUCGUCAAAAAAAAUCACAAUUGAGCAGAAGUGCCAUUACACAA